UGACUUUAUCGCGACCAAAGAGUGUCCUCAAUCCAGCGAUUACAGACGACACUGACUCGGUGUCGCUCCAUCACAAACCUGAGCACAGAAAUAGACUGGGAUCAAGGCAGGACAUCACCGCGAGAAAACCGGUGCAUUGAUUCUCGCAUCGUGUAAUAAUACUGUUUUAUUUACUUCAAGUUAUUGAUUGUCACUUGAACAAGCUUGCAGCUGUGAUCGCUCGCUUGUUUUAUAUUAUUUACUUUUAAAAACAAAAUUAAUCAAAAUCUAGGGAGAUAUGGCUUUGGAGGAAAUAAAGAAGAAGUUUGGUGGGAAAUGGAAAUUGGACAGGAGCGAAAAUUUUGAAGAUUUUUUGAAGGAAGUUGGUGCCAAUGUAGUCAUGAGGAAAUUAGCAGCCACGUCAUCGCCGGAAAUGACGAUAUCGGUGGAAGGAGACGUAAUAAAAAUAGUUAUAAAAAGUUUGGUCAUGACGAGAGAAGAAAACAUCAAACUAGGAGAGGAAUACGAAUCCGAAAUGCGGGGAGUCAAGCUGUCUAAUGUGAUGGUGUAUGAAGACGGGAAGCUAAAGAUCAAGUCGGACCCAAUCACGUCGGGAUACAAGGCCCAGCAGUUAGACCGAGAUGUUGUAGACGGGGAGUUAGUUCAGGUUAUAAAAUGUGGCGAUGUAGUGUGCACGAGAAUAUUCAAGAAAAUAGAGUGAUUUAAUCUGCCUGGUUUUCCAUUUGACCUUGCGAGCCAGUGUUUUAGUGACACGAAACAGUACUGAAAAAGGCUUCCAACUGAAAGACUGUCGCGUUGUAUAUGUUUUAGAAACCAGGGUUUCAGGCUACGCAAUAUUUUAGAAUGUUCGUGUACACGCAUAUAUCAACGUGUGUAGGGCCUAUAUGUUUUAAACCAUUAUAUUUUAGAAUGUCCGUGUACACGCAUAUAUGUUUUAAACCAUUAUAUUAUAGAAUGUCCGUGUAAACGCAUAUAUGUUUUAAACCAUUAUAUUAUAGAAUGUUCGUGUACACGCAUAUAUCUACUGUGUAGGGCCUAUACGUUUUAAACCAUUAUAUUUUAGAAUGUUCGUGUACGCGCAUAUAUCUUUUAAACCAUCAUAUUAUAGAAUGUUCGUGUACACGCAUAUAUCUACUAUGUAGGGCCUAUACGUUUUAAACCAUUAUAUCAUAAAAUGUCCGUGUACACGCAUAUUAUGAUCUUCUAAGUAGGGCCUAUGUUUUAAACCAUUAUAUCAUAGAAUGUCCGUGUACACGCAUAUUAUUAUCUACUAAGUAGGGCCUAUAUGUUUUAACCCAUUAUAUCAUAGAAUGUUCGUGUACACGCAUAUUAUGAUCUAUAUCGUAGGGGCUAUGUUUUAAACCAUCAUAUUAUAGAAUGUUCGUGUACACGCAUAUUAUGAUCUUCUAAGUAGGGCCUAUGUUUUAAACCAUUAUAUCAUGGAAUGUCUGUGUACACGCAUAUUAUGAUCUUCUAAGUAGGGCCUAUGUUUUAAACCAUCAUAUUAUAGAAUGUCCGUGUACACGCAUAUUAUGAUCUACUAAGUAGGGCCUAUGUUUUAAACCAUCAUAUUAUAGAAUGUCCGUGUACACGCAUAUUUUCGUGUAUUUGUAUUAAAUCAUUAUAGUCGCAAGGCUUACACAAA